GCCAAGUUGCUGAUGGAUAGGAAACUUCGCACGAAAUUGAGAAUCCAUGCAGCACAUUUCCUUUCUUCUUUGUUUAUGCUCCUGAAUCCUGACAGGGUCCCAUUUCAAAAUAUUCCACUCGUUGCAAAAUUCAUAUUCGUUUGACAUUUCAAACACCGUGUUGGUCGCUCAACGACCUUCAAUAAGGCUUAAGAAAAGAGGCACUUUUGGAGUUUUGAAUAUGCAUCUUUCUAGUGAUUUGUGAUUGGGUUUGUUGAUUCUGAUGUGGGUUUAUCUUGUUUACGCCGUGGCAUGCUAACAUGUAGCCUUUCAAUGAGGUACGGCAUCUACAUAGGGGUAUUUAUGGACUGAUGAAUGUUGAAUUUUUAAUCGUGGCGCAUUCAAGGUGCGGUCUAGUGGGUUUGCAGCAAAUUUGGUGAAUGAUUUGAUUUGGUUCAAUUUGGAUUCCAGUUUUGUGUUUCCCUUGUUUUGAGACAGUUAGGUUCGAUUUGAUAUCAUCUUUGAGGUUGAAAUAUUGCAAUUGACUGUGAUCUGAAUCUAUAAUUGAUUUGAGAAAAAAGUUGAAUCAGGAUUUUCUUGAUUGGAUUGAUUUGAUAGACUUUAUUGCUGUUAUUGAAUUGACUAAUUAAGGACAAGCUGCAUUAAACUAUGGCCCUAGCUCAUGAAGAACCAACGGGAGAUAGAGAAGCAGAGGAAAUGGAAGCGCAACCUUUGGAAGACACUCCUCUCAAGGAGCCGCCUGUCUUCUGGACUCGUUUUCAGGGUGAAGUGAGACAGAAAGCCUAUAUUUUUGAUGGCUAUGGGAACUUUUUCAAUAAGGAAUGGGAUCUAGUAGAAGGUAGAGGCAAUGAGUUUUGUUGGUAUCAUGUGGAACUGCCAAAAGUAAAUCAAAAUCUGUCACAAUCUGCACAAUACCUCAUUAGUGUUCUUUGUCCACCUUUGAAACUCCAAGACAUUCUUUCACUUGUCAGCAAUGGACCCUAUUGUGGGCAUGUUGAUGGGGCUCUUGUCUUCAGAGCUAAUUCACCUGGUCCUCCCUCUAGUGAUUUUACAUUUAGAAUUGCCGCUAGAGUUACUGAGAAUUCAGUGAUUACAGUAUCAUUGGGCCGUGUUCCGAGAUUGGGCUUCUCACGGAUGGGUCAGUCUCUUCUCUCAGAGAUUCCUAGAGUGGAGAGUUCUUCUUAUCUUGGGGGUGAAGAGAAGGAAGGGAGUGGAAUUGUUAUCAGGGAGCAUGUUCUUGAGUUCUUGUUGACAAUGAAUCACUCUGAGGAGGCUGAUAAUCCUGUGCCAAAAUCUGUUUCUAAUCUUGUUGUUCACAUUCUCGACACGCAUGUGGAUCACCUUCAAGAUGUUGUGACCAAACUCGAGAUGGAGCUGGAUUCUGUGGAGCUUCAAAUGGAUAAAGGUGGUUUUGCUUUGAAGAAGCAAAUGCUAGAUGAUAGAAGAUUCCCCAAAAUGCAUCUUAAUUUGCAGCGCCUUUUGCAGGUGAUAGCACAUGGGGAGCAAGUAUUUCCACGAGUGAAAGAAAAAUGUUCUUUAAAAAGUUGGUUUGCUAGCGAAGACAUUAACUCUCUUGAAGAGUUGAUUGGACAGUUAAGGAGGCUAAAAGACAAUGUGGGGUUUAUAGCAAAUCGUGUCACUGCAAUCCAAGCUGGCCUUGAUAGCUGGCAGGCUGAGCAAAUAAACAGGAAACUGUAUUAUCUUUCAUUCCUUUCAAUAAUAUUCCUUCCUUUGUCCAUCAUUACCGGAGUGUUUGGCAUGAAUGUGGGAGGAGUUCCAUGGACAGGGCAAACGGACCAAAAGAUAAGAGAUGGUUUCCGUAAUGUCAUGCUACUCUGCGCGGGAAUGUUACUUCUGGUGCUGCUGUGCUUCUGUUUCCCUGCUCUUUAUACCCAUAUAGCUGCUUGGCACCGGAGGAGGGGUAUGAGGAAAAGCUGGUCUCUCAACAGGAAGUCAUUCCUGAAGAGAACCACAGGAAAUGGAGAAGUUCAAGAAAGAGGAGGUUACCUCCGGAUUUGAAGGGAAGAGAGAAAAUGCGUCUAUCAUCUUUGUGAACUCAUCUUCCCACCGUAAUCAAUUUGGUUUAUGCUGGUUUCCAUACGACCUUUGCAGAGGGAAGACAUCGUUCGAUAGUCCUUUGCAGUAAUAACAUCAACUCUUUCCUGGAAAUAGGAAUUGUAUUUGCCUCUUUUUCUCAAUUUAGUUGGUCACUUUUUUUUAUCUUCUUACUGAUUUUGUUUCUACAAUUGGUUUAUAGUUUCUUUCAUCUUUAGAAAGCUCUUAGCAUGUGCAGCAUUUCUUUAUUUCUUACCCCCUUUUUUCAGCACGCUUUGUGACUGUAUUCUGAGAUCAUACUAAUGAUAUAUAUACUGCUUUGUAAGUACUGUAUCACUAUCAUAUUUAUGAUAUAUAAUACUUCAA